AUGAGCCAAAAAGAUGCAUAUGGAGAGAACUGUGAGCAAUCAAUCACCACUGAGAAUCACAUUAUGUUUUCAAGGACGCUUUCAUCAACGCUUCGCCGGCCGUUGUGGCGCCAGGCCCAACUCCCCUCCUCCCUUCUUCAUGCACGGCUACUUUCCUCCGAAACAAAGGCCGCCAUCGAUAAGGCGGUUGCGUCUGCCCCCGUUGUCCUUUUCAUGAAGGGUACUCCCGAAACUCCGCAGUGCGGGUUCUCCCGCGCAAGCAUUCAGAUUCUCGGUUUGCAGGGUGUAGAUCCCAAGAAGUUUGUUGCGUUCAAUGUGUUGGAGGACCCAGAGUUACGUCAGGGAAUCAAGGAGUACUCGGAUUGGCCUACGAUUCCCCAGCUAUAUCUUGAGAAGGAAUUUGUUGGUGGAUGUGAUAUUCUGAUGUCGAUGCAUCAGAAUGGAGAGCUUGCGAAGAUGUUGGAGGAGAAGGGUGUCUUGGUGCCAGCUGAGUAA